GUUCACGAUAGACCCAUGAGUCGCACGUAAAUGCGGAAGUAACAAGGACUAGCUUCUAAGCUACUAAGCGAGUACAAGCAGCGCCUGGACUUUUGUCCCUAAGGUCAUCAAAGGACGUGUUUCAACGCAAUGUGAUGGCACUCACACGUUGCCGGAGUCCAGUUGUUGUCCGCUCAAAUGCAGACUGAUGACACGAAAUGACUAGAAGCAGCAUGGACUGAAGGCCGAAGGCGCAGUGUGAGCAGCAGCUGUAGCGUAGAUGAAGCAUGAAGAGUCCGGUCCGCAGAUGCAGGGAUGUGGAGCACGGUCGUGGUCAAGUUUGGGCCGGGUCCAGUUUCAUGCAAGCAGAGCAACGCAUCCCCGUCUCCAAAGACGCCAUCACCGCCUCGUCCGCCUCUGCCAUGUGGUUCAUCAGGGACGCCUGCGGCAUCGUUUGUGCCCUCAUCACGUGGCUGCUGGUCUUCUACGCAGAAUUUGUGGUGCUCUUUGUCAUGCUGAUUCCCUCCAACAACCUGACCUACAGCGUCAUCAACGGCUCUCUGUUCAACGCCCUGGCCUUCCUGGCCCUCGCCUCGCAUGCCAGGGCCAUGUGCACCGACCCUGGAGCAGUACCCAAAGGCAAUGCAACAAUGGAAUACAUAGAAAGCCUUCAGUUGAAACCCGGACAAGUGGUCUACAAAUGUCCCAAGUGCUGCAGCAUCAAGCCUGACCGAGCACACCACUGCAGUGUUUGCAAACGCUGCAUACGCAAGAUGGACCACCACUGCCCCUGGGUCAACAACUGUGUUGGGGAGAACAAUCAAAAGUACUUUGUGCUCUUCACUAUGUACAUUGCACUCAUCUCCCUCCAUGUUCUCGUCAUGGUGGUCCUUCAUUUUCUCUACUGCUUUGAAGAUGACUGGACAAAGUGCAGUUCCUUCUCUCCACCAGCAACUGUCAUCCUCCUCAUCCUCCUAUGUUUUGAGGGCCUCCUCUUCCUUAUCUUCACCUCUGUGAUGUUCGGCACCCAAGUCCACUCCAUCUGUACCGAUGAAACUGGAAUCGAACGCUUGAAGGGAGAGACGGGGAGGUGGGAGAAGGUUCCCUGCUGGGAGGCCAUGCGAGUGGCCUUUGGUGGGCCCUUCUCCCUGUCCUGGUGCAGCCCCUUCUCCCAGCUCAGCUGCAAGAGGAACCCCCCUGAGCUACUCACCCUUCCUCAGGGGGACAUCAUUGAGGAGGACGUCAUCCAGAUCCCACUCAGCUAGGAAGACAUCAUAGAGUUCCACUCAGUUAAGAAGACAUCAUGGAGAUCCCACUGAGCUGAGGUGUGUUAAGGUGGGCUGUGGUACUUCAGGAGGUCUGCGGUUCUAACACGACUUCUUCCGUCACACUCGCAGCUGUCGACCAAACAAAAAUACUUUUGCGCCUACUAGCAAACUAUCCAUCCAUCCAACCAUCCAUCUUCUUCCGCUUAUCCGAGGUCGGGUCGCGGGGGCAACAGCCUAAGCAGGGAAACCCAGACUUCCCUCUCCCCAGCCACUUCGUCUAGCUCUUCCCGGAGGAUCCCGAGGCGUUCCCAGGCCAGCCAGGAGACAUAGUCUUCCCAACGUGUCCUGGGUCUUCCCCGUGGCCUCCUACCGGUUGGACGUGCCCUAAACACCUCCCUAGGGAGGCGUUCGGGUGGCAUCCUGACCAGAUGCCCGAACCGCCUCAUCUGGCUCCUCUCGAUGUGAAGGAGCAGCGGCUUUACUUUGAGUUCCUCCCGGAUGGCAGAGCUUCUCACCCUAUCUCUAAGGGAGAGCCCCGCCACCCGACGGAGGAAACUCAUUUCGGCCGCUUGUACCCGUGAUCUUAUCCUUUCGGUCAUGACCCAAAGCUCGUGACCAUAGGUGAGGAUGGGAACGUAGAUCGACCGGUAAAUUGAGAGCUUUGCCUUCCGGCUCAGCUCUUUCUUCACCACAACGGAUCGGUACAACGUCCGCAUUACUGAAGACGCCGCACCGAUCCGCCUGUCGAUCUCACGAUCCACUCUUCCCCCACUCGUGAACAAGACUCCUAGGUACUUGAACUCCUCCACUUGGGGCAGGGUCUCCUCCCCAACCCGGAGAUGGCAUUCCACCCUUUUCCGGGCGAGAACCAUGGACUCGGACUUGGAGGUGCUGAUUCUCAUUCUGGUCGAACCGAUCCAGCGAGAGCUGAAGAUCCCGGUCAGAUGAAGCCAUCAGGACCACAUCAUCUGCAAAAAGCAGAGACCUAAUCCUGCAGUCACCAAACCGGAACCCCUCAACACCUUGACUGCGCCUAGAAAUUCUGUCCAUAAAAGUUAUGAACAGAAUCGGUGACAAAGGACAGCCUUGGCGGAGUCCAACCCUCACUGGAAAUGUGUUCCACUUACUGCACUAGCAAACUACUACUUCCAUAUUUGUCAAACUCUUUUCCAAAGUCGUGAUCUUGAGAGUUCUUCCGCCUUCCAGGCUUUGCAAUUUUUUUAUCCACGUUCACACUUUCUGUAAUUCAACAUUUUAUUGCCCAAAGAUUGUCAUUUAUCUGAAAUAUUUCCUAAAGAUGUCAUCAACUCAGGGGAGGUUCAUUUUCUCACAGUCCCACAGUCGAGCCCAGGACCAUCAACUGUUCUAAACCCCCCCCCCCCCCAACAUUUCUCAAACUUUCCACUCUCAAAACAAUUCUCCAUAUUCGUACUUUUCCCAUAACUCCACAUUUUCUAUACAUCAUGUACUCGAGUUCUUCUGCUUUCACUCAAAUGUUUGAUGCAUCGAGGUUCCAAACAAGAGUACAUGUUGACGUUGGCACCAGUCACUCUUUCAGCUACCAUUUUUUUCUACUUUUUUUUUUUUUGGGGUUAUGAAAUAGUGUGGAUUGUUGCUGUGGAGGAGGGAUUGCAGUCUGCUGGGCUGGCUUUUGUGACGCUGUUCCAAUUAUCCUCCCGGCUUACAAAGCUCCAAACUUAGGGCAAUUGGGGCAGUUGUCAGUGUGCUCCACAUAGAGGGACCAAGUACAGGGACGGAGUGUAAGGGUGGAAUACAGGGACGGGGUACAGGGACAGGGUACAAGGACGGGGUACAGGGACAGGGUACAAGGACUGAGUGUAGGGACGAAGUACAAGGACAGAGUACAGGGAUGGAGUACGAGGAUAGAGUACAGGGACGGAGUGUAGGGACGAAGUACAAGGACAGAGUACAGGGAUGGAGUACGAGGAUAGAGUACAGGGACGGAGUGUAGGGACGUUUCGAACAGCAUCAACUUCAACAAGUUCUACUAUACUUAAUGUCGGGUUAUUUUACAUGUUUAUUAGACUUUUACACAAAGUAUAUUCCUAACCUCGUAGUGGUACCUUCAACUUUCCGGUGGUUACUCGAGAAAGUACUUGGGAGAAUCUUCAGUUUGCUGGUUUGAGUUCAUUACCGUCUUUCUAAAAACAAAGUCUUUCUAAAAACACAAAGAAGUAGUUCUAAAAACACGAAUAUGUCUUUUUAAAAGCACAACAUUGUUUUUUCUAAAAACACAAAGAUGUAUUUCCAAAAACACAGAUAUAUUUUUUCAAAACACAAAGAUAUAUUUCCAAAAACACAAAUAAGUAGUUCUAAAAACACAAAUAUGUAUUUAUAAAAGCACAAGGAUGCAUUUGUAGAAACACAAAGAGGUAUUUGUAAAAAGACCAAAUGUGUGCCGGCAGACUGAGGUAACUCCGGGGGAAUCACAAGAAGCAGCUUUUUGUCACACAGUGCCUUAUGUCCAUGAAGGUGUAAUAAUACACACUAUGUCUCAAUGUCUGUGUAAUAACCGUCCUCAUGUUGUGUCAUAUAUUCACUAAUCAACGGGUGGGAGAAAUUACAGGAUGAUUCUUGUUUGCUGAUGGAUUUUGACACGGGUGAGAGUUUAUGAUGCCACACUUAAAACAGCACAAUGUUCAUUUUCUCUUCUUCCAAUCCUAACGAGGUUCUAAGUAGCGCUUCAAAAUGCUCGGACGGAUUUUUUUUUUUCAAAGCAAAUACUUUAUUAAAAACUACAGUUUUACACUCAA